UGUGGCGUUACGCGCAUAAACAACUGACAGUCGCUUUCCAGUUUGACACGCUCUCUAUCACGACUCAGUUGGAUUACGUAAAGGGACGAGAGAGCACGCUUCGUACUUUGGCUUAGAUAAAAGCUAGAAAAAGUAUAGUUUCUUUUUUUUAUUCAACGUGUGUACACAAAACCACCAUAGAUUACACACCCACCGAGUAUUCAACAAGUGGUUUUUCUGGUUGGGUGGUUGGGGUCGGUUUUACGCAGAGAAGAAUUUUUUCAGCCAAACGAAACAAAUCUUUGAAAUUAAAUGGAUGACAAAAUUAAGCAGACGAAUAUUGCUGUUCCAGCAACACCUACUGAAGAUGAUUCUGACUAUGACACAAUCACCUCAAGAACUCCUCUCAAAAAGAGGACAGGGUUUGUCUUGCCAACACCGUCCAAUGCAGACAUCGAAAGUGGGAAAAAGGAAGAAGCUGAUCAAGCCGAUAAAACAAAUUGCACGACACCUUUAAAUCCCAAUAAUAACCAGAAGAAUGGCAGUCCUUCAUUCGCCAACCGCAUCAAAGAUAAGAUAACUAAUGCAGUUCCAAAUGUGAUUCAAAAGAAACCAAGAGAGUACAAACUCAGGGCUUUUGUUGGGUUUUUGUUCCUACUUGUCGUUUUUCUGGUUGGCUUUGCCUACAUUUUCUACUAUCAACAACUUUCUAGAAAAACUUAUUUCGAGAGAAUUCGGUUUACUAAAGAAGAUCGUAUAAUGCGAGUGUACGACGAUAACGGUAUGGAAGCUCUCAGAGGCCAUAUGGGAGCAUCAUUUCCUACAUCACAAAAAUCUUAUCCAUGCCACGAGAGAGACCGUCCUGCCAAUUCUACUUUGUGUUUGGAAUGGAUGGGACGCGGACGAUUCUCUCUUGCUCAAACUCCGAACAAAAAUCAGGACGAUAAGUCGCGAUGCUACCGAGUCAUAUGGCAAUCGCUCUCUCCCGAUACCUACCCCACCGAUUGCUACGAAAUGAACAACCAUUUGUGGUUUGGAGCUGGAGCUGUACUAGGUCAACAACACGAUUUUGCUGGGUGGCCUCUUAAUAGAGCUGAAGUUCCAAUCAGUCCAUUUGUCACGGGUACUGAAGUUCGGGGACAUAAUGGUUGGGGUCAAGUUCUUCGCCGCUAUUUUAUGAGUUCCAGAGCAGCUGCCAUAAUCGUCGACGAUUCUACCCCAUUGUGGGUGUCGGUCAAUGCCAAUCAAAGCCAGCGGCUUUGUUUGCAAUCCAGAAGUAGUGGUUUCCCAUUUUUCGACCAUGGAGAGGAAUCAAUUGCUUCCAAUACUACCACCAAGAGAAACGGGACCAAAAAUAACCCUCUGGUUAAUUCAGUUUUAAAUUACACCAUUUGCACCGCCGCUGAUCUCGAUACGCUGUUAACCUCACUGGCCGACGCCUGGUGGGACGGACUGAGGAAAGACGAAAUGGAGGUCGUAAAGAAACUGAUGGAAGACCCCGUCUGGAGAUUUCAACCCAAGGCUGAUGAUAACCAAACAGUUCAAAGCUUGAUGAAGUACACGAACAGUAUCGUCGGAUCGGUAUGGACCAGUCCAGGUUAUUUGUUGAUUGAUACACCAUGGGAGGAGAAAACUGGCGAUUUAGAGUUUGAUCCUCAUCGUUUCCAGGGAUUAAAUGAGGCUCUCGAGAUAAUCCAUCGCAAAGGAUUCAAAGUUGCUGUUACCGUCCGGCCAUUUGUCAGCACAUUUUCCAAGACCUACAAGAGUGGCUUAGAUUUUGAACAUUCGGGCUCGUCAUCAGUUGGAACAUGGAUUCGUCAGCCUUACGGCGAAGGAUCACCAGCUUUGACGAGCUAUAAUGGCGACCACAGUCUAGCGUUGGCCGACGUAACUUCCCGCAAUAUUUCUGAAUGGGUUGCCGAACGUCUCCACACUCUUAUCAAGAACUACGAAUUGGAUGGCAUCUUCUUCGAAAGCGUCACAGCCGAUUAUUUGCCCCAUUACUACCUGACGUCUAAACCACUAUUAGAUCCAUCAACAUUGAGUAGUUUGUGGGUGGAUGCAGCUCGCCAAGUCACAACAGUACUCAGCGUCACUUCAGCCACACACAUGCCUAGGCUUCCGACCUUCGUGGCCAUUCCUUGGCUUCCGUCCUCUUGGGAUGGUCUGGCUCAUCUACUUCCUUUGGUCUUGACGCUCAGCGUCUCCGGUUAUCCCUUCCUAAUCCCUCCUCCAGUUGGUGGCUUUUCAAAUGCGUCCAAACCUGAAAAGGAGUUGUACAUCCGCUGGCUUCAAGUAAGUACUUUCCUACCAGUGAUACAAUUCGCAACCAUUCCUUCGUCUUACGAUGCUGAAGUGGAACGAAUGGCCAGCAACCUGACUGGACUUCGGCAAGCCACUGUCCUUCCCAUCCUGCAGCGGUAUGGUGGCAGCUCUGUGUUUGACGGAUUGCCAAUCAUCAGACCGCUGUGGAUGUUGGAUCCUUUCGACAAAGAAGGACUAGACGUUGCGGACGAAUUUUGCGUCGGUGAUGAGCUGCUCGUUGCCCCCGUCCUGGAGCCGGGAGCGCGAGAACGAGAAGUAUAUUUACCCAAAGGUGUAUGGAAAGAUGGCAUUGAUGGAAGUCUUCGGAAGGGUGGACGAUGGAUUCACCAUUACAGAGCCAAGCUCGAUCAAGUUCCGUUUUUCACACGAGCAGCCGAAGGCACGCGCUUAUAAUAAUUACAGAGAACGUAACCCGUAAACUUUCACCUGAAUUGGCCUAUUUCAUUUCAUUUAGCUGUAUGUUUGUGUUGAAUUUUUAGGUUGUAUUUUUAUUCGCGAAGCUCUAUAUGUUCUUUAGAUUGUUGACAUAAUGCUGCCAACUAUGUCCAGUGAAACAUUUCUCUUAAGGAAAGAGAUGCAUUUCUCUUUCUUUUGGAUCCUUUACGAAAUAAAAUAAAAUUGAUUAUAAUGUGUGUGUCUUGUUUAAAACUUGUUGAUUCCAGAAAAUCUAGCGACGAUGUAAUAUAACUUGUCAAGAAUACACUCGUAACUUAUCCCUCCCACAAA